UGACCUGCCUUUUUAUCACUGAGGUGAAUUUGAGCGGCCCGACUUUUCACCCUUGCUUGCAGUUGUUUUGAGUACGCGAGUCAGGCUUCCGAGAGGAUGAUGGUCAGUAGACAGGUGCUAUUCCCUAUCAACAUCAAACAUCACGUUUCUAGAUGCCGCAAGCAGCAACAAAAUGAACUUAGACGUGGGAUCAUGCUGUACAUCCACAAACAGUUGGCGGCAGUUGGAACAUGACAACCCAAGUGACGCAACCUUCUGUAACAGUCUCUCCUUACCCUCUGCACAUCCUGCUAACGAGGUCUCGCUCCAUUCGUUUCCCAAACCUCGUCCCUCGCUGUUACUCAUUUGAGUAAGAUGCUCGUACAAUCCUCACUCGUGGCUUUGGCCCUCUUCGCAACCUCAUGCAUCGCCAUAUCAAAAAACUUCUACCCUUCCUCAAAACGAGGCCUCAUCUACAUCCCAAACUCCGAAUUUCCCAGCGAUGACAAAGUCUGGGUGCAGAAGCACUCAGAUCUAACAUGGUACUACAACUACAAAAUGCAUCCUAGCCCCGCCUACGAGAACAACACCGCUCUCCAGUUCGUGCCCAUGCUCUGGGGAGCCCCCGAUGGCUUCGACGACACCACCUUUCUAGAAAAAGUCACAGCGCAAAUCAUCGGCGGCCGAAACAUCACUUACGUCAUGGGCUUCAACGAGCCUGACAACUCAAUGGCCAACGGCGGCAGCGACAUGAAGCCAAAAGACGCAGCAAGGUACUGGGUCAAGCAGCUCGAGCCUCUGAGAAAGCUGGGCGUGUCUCUUGGUGCGCCUGCGGUGACGGGCGCUCCGUCGGGGUUUACGUGGCUUGCCGAGUUCGUCGAGGCUUGUAAGGGCAACUGCACGUUUGAUUUUAUCCCGAUACAUUGGUACGGAAGCUUUGACGGCAUGGCGAGUCAUAUUGCUGGUGUGUUGGAUGUUUUUCCGAAUAAGAAGAUCUGGGUUACCGAGUUUGCUCUGGACUUUUCGUCUUUGGCUGCGACGCAGGACUACUUCCAGACGUCGGUGAAAUAUCUUGAUGGAAACAAAAACGUCACUCACUAUUCUUACUUUGGUUCUUUCCGCUCAUUCACAUCUAAUGUUGGGUAUAAUGUAUCAAUGCUUAAUUCACAUGGGCAGUUAACGGAUAUAGGAAGCUGGUACCUAGGGGGCGAUGCGAUGGGAGUUAUACCAGGCGACAAUGUUGUCAAGCCUAAUGUAACGGCUGCCAAACCGUCUACCUCUACGUAUGUUGUUCCAGCGUUGGUCACGGAGGACAGUGACUCGCUGGGUCUGAUGAAUCGGCCUUCUAUACCCUAUCUUGGGAUACUCUGUCCGCUUCUGGCUUUGUAUAUUACUUUGUAGAAUUAGAGAUUAAAACUUCUGAAAUAUCACCUUCUUCUACAUUGU